AUGAGAAGGCAACUCCGGUCCAGAAGGGCUCCGGCCUUUCCUUACGGUUAUCGCUUCAGACUUGAUGAUCAGGAUGAAGUGAAUCAGAACUACUUAGCAGAUGAAGAAGAAGAAGCAGAAGAAGAGGCUCGGGUGAUGAUGGUGCCUGAUUUGGAGGAGGAGGAAGAAGAGGAAGAGAAAGAGGAGGAGGAGGAGGAGGAGGAGGAGGAGGAGGAGGAGGAGGAGGAGAAGGAGGAGGAAGAGGGUCAGGGUCAGCCAACAGGCAAUGCCUGGUGGCGGAAAUUGCAGAUCAUGAAUGAAUACCUGUGGGACCCGGAGAGAAGGAUGUCUCUGGCCCGAACAGGUCAGAGUUGGAGCCUGGUUUUAGUCAUUUACUUCGUCUUCUAUGCCUCCCUGGCUGCUGUGAUCACCCUCUGCAUGUAUACACUAUUUUUGACCAUCACUCCUUACAUGCCAACCUUCACUGAGCGGAUGAAGCCUCCUGGAGUUAUGAUCAGACCCUUCGCCCAUAGCCUUAACUUCAACUUCAACGUUUCUGAACCUGACACUUGGCAGCAUUAUGUGAUUAGCCUAAAUGGCUUUCUUCAGGGUUAUAAUGACAGUCUUCAAGAGGAAAUGAAUGUAGAUUGUCCUCCAGGGCAGUACUUCAUUCAAGAUGGCGAUGAGGAUGAGGACAAGAAGGCCUGCCAAUUUAAGCGCUCCUUCCUAAAGAACUGCUCUGGUCUGGAGGACCCUACUUUUGGAUAUUCUACUGGACAGCCUUGCAUCCUCCUAAAGAUGAACCGGAUUGUAGGCUUUCGUCCUGAGCUUGGAGAUCCUGUGAAAGUUUCCUGCAAGGUUCAGAGAGGUGAUGAAAAUGACAUCAGAUCCAUCAAUUACUACCCAGAGUCGGCUUCUUUUGACCUUCGCUACUACCCUUACUACGGCAAACUGACUCACGUUAACUACACCUCCCCACUGGUAGCAAUGCACUUUACAGACGUGGUGAAGAACCAAGAGGUGCCUGUACAGUGCCAACUGAAGGGCAAAGGCAUCAUAAAUGAUGUCAUCAAUGAUCGCUUUGUGGGUAGGGUAAUCUUUACCUUGAACAUAGAAACCUAA